GGGAACUCUUGUCUCGGCAUCUGUCACCACCGCCCACCCAAAACUUUUCGCUGCGCCUCGGCCGCCCGCCCCGCCGCCGCGGGAGGGUCCUGCCGCACCGCGGGCUCCGGCGGCGCGACCCGGCGCGGCCCAUGCGAGGGCCCGGGCGGCGGCGGCGGCGGCCCGGGGGCUUUAACCAGGAGAGAUCUGCGGGCAGCUCCACCAUGUCAGAUAGUGACCUCGGGGAGGACGACAGCGCCACGUCCCCGGACCCCUUGCAGGCCAACAAGAGGAAGAGAAGGGGCAAUCUCCCCAAGGAGUCGGUGAAGAUCCUCCGGGACUGGCUGUACGAGCACCGCUUCAAUGCCUACCCCUCUGAGCAGGAGAAGCUCAGCCUCUCGGGGCAGACCAGCCUCUCAGUGCUGCAGAUCUGCAACUGGUUCAUCAACGCCAGGAGGCGGCUGCUGCCUGACAUGCUGCGCAAGGACGGGAAGGACCCCAACCAGUUCACCAUCUCCCGCCGAGGGGGCAAAGCUGGUGACGUGGCCCUGCCCCGGGGAGCUGCUGCUGGCUCCGGGGUGCUGGUGGUACCUCCUGUGACGGCGGUGGGGGCCUCCAAGGUGCUGUCCAUGUCGGUGUGCCCGCAGGUGCUGUGCCACCCCGCCCAGGCGCUGGGCAGCAGCCUGACGGUGGUGAGCGCCCGCAGCCCCGACUGGGAGAGGUCCCCUGGCCUGCGGCGAGCAGAGCCAGACCCUGUCCCCAGAGCUGCCAGCAGCACCAUGACGGUGCUGGCCCGGGCCGAGGCAGCCAGCCCCACCAGCGGACUCUUCAAUACGCCCCCCCCCACGCCCCCCGAGCUCUUUGGCGAUGACUUCAGCAGCUUCCAGCUGCUGGUGGAGGUGGCCCUGCAGAAGGCGGCUGAGCUGGAGUCGCAGCAGCAGGGCAGGCAGCUGCCCAUCCCACCCCAGACUGAGCACCUGGGGGCCUCCAAAUAACCCCCUGGGCCAGGUCCCACGGGGUGCCCUUCCUCGGGGUGCCCGACCCUCCCAGCCUCAUGCCACCCCUCUGUACCCCCUGACCAGCUCAUCUCAGAAGCGGGCUCCUGCCUCCUGGGGGUCUCUGGGCUCUGCCAGACAAGGGGGGAGAGGCAGGACUGCCCCAUCCCCAUGUCCUCUCACUGGGGGAGCCCCUGGCCUGCUGCCCUGGCUGCCCAGGAAGGUGCAGGAGGACAUGGCUGCUGUGGAAAGACAUCUGCAGCUUUGCUGACCUCUCCCUGACACGACUGACGGGGGCUCUGCAGCUCCCCUUGGAAAACCUGCUGACUUCUUUUUUCCUCUCCUGUAAACAAGGGUCCAGCCAACACCCCGUUCUUCAGGGAGAGAAAGUGAGAAUACUUCUCUUUUUUUUUUUUUUCUACAGAAGUUGGUGUCUAUGAAUGAAAAGAUUUUCCUCCCAAAUUUCUGUUCUCUCAGACCCCCACCUUUUUUUUGUUUGUUUGUUUUGUUUUCCCUUUUGGUUUGUGGAGGACCUUUCUGGUACCUUGUGCUGCCCAGGAGCCCUGCCUUGCCCAGGGAAGGCAGACAGAUGAACUGGAAACCUGAAGUCUGUGGCAUUUUUUUCACACAGAAAACAUGGGACCCUCCUCUUCCACCUUAGGGUGUUACAGAUGCUGCCAGUAUAAAUCUCUAUGGUGCUGUUUAGCAACUUUUGGUUGAAACAUUUUCCCUUUAAUUGUGAUUUAUUAUACGAUUAUUUUUUUUUUUUGUAAUUUUCUAUAAGCAUUUCCACAACUUCCCGAGUUUCUCGAGUUCCUGCUGAAUCUGUGCACAUGGUGUCCCAGAACAGAGAGCACUGCAGAACCUGUGAGAUGCUGAAGCAGGCUGCUGCUGGGGACACACAAUGCUGAGACUGUGAAAUUUUGUAUCCAGCUUCUUUAUUUUCUAUGUUAUUUUUUUUUUUUUUAAACCAUUUGGAAAGAGGUGUGUUAGGGAUGUAGGCACGGGUGUUGCUCUUGCUCGCAGCCGGCAGCCCAGGGCUUCUGGGAAGCAGCGUGGUCCCGCAGCGGCGGGGAACAGAGUCCUGGUGCUCCCUGUCCCCUCCUGCUGCUCCCUGAGCGCGUCUCUGCGCGGUGCUGGUGACCUCUAGUGACAAACUGGUCUCUGCUGGGAGCCAGCUGUCCCCCGGCUUGGAGCCUGGGCUCUGCCCUGUCCCUGGGGAGCGAGAUGCACCCGUGCUGUCUAUCCUGAGAAACACUAAUCCUAGGUAAUUAGCUUGAUUAUUAAGUUGCAUGACUAGAGAUAAUAACGUCCACAGGAUCUGGUGCUUGCGGCGGUUGGAGCCGGUGGUGCUGGGGCAGCAGUGCGGGCUGGUGUAGCCUGGAAGGGACAAGCAGUGACUGGUGUGUCUGUCCCCCUGCCUGGCCAGAGCGACGGGAGCUCGGGAGCGCUCAGGGGCUGCAGGAGGGGUUGCCAGGUGUGGCCCAGGGGCCGGGUGUCCCUGCACAGCACAGGAAUGGCUCCAGCUCCUGCCCUGCCUGGCUGGGCAGAGGUGGGUGCUCACCAUGUAGCUGUGAACAUCCCCUUCUUCCUCUCCCCCAGCCCCAUUUUAUGUCCAGCCUUUGCUCUCUGCCUCCUUUCUGGGGAAAGCCCUGAAUUUUAGGAUUCCCUCCCUUAUUUCUAGGUAGCCUUCCCUUGCCACCCCCCCUGCAGUUGGGGAGGGAAAGGCUUUUUUGCCUCCUUCCCUUAUUUUGCCCCAGUCAAACCAAAGUGGUUUCCUCCCUCAGGGCAGGAGUGCUGCCUGUGCUGUGCCACAGACCAGUGUUGCUGCCCUGGGGAUGGACCAGAAAGCGUGGGGAGGGCAGGGAUUAUUGGAAUGAAAUUUACAGAGCAAAAAAAACCAACUACUGUAAAUAUCUUUUUGUUUGUUCUGUUGUCAAAUAAAAGUUUUUUUUGGUUUUGUGUUUUGUUGUUUUUAAA